AAUGCAGGCGAAUCGACGUCAAACCUUAGUCAUCCACGAGACAACAAAGAGCCUUCACUUCGAACGUUCAAAUUAGAGGUGUUGUUUGUUCGACAAUUUUAAUCUUGUUACGUCGAUUUGGUACCAGCUCGUAAUGGUCUUUGAGCGUCAGUGACACUCCUGAUUUACUAGGUCCAAAAUGGCUAGAAGGCCAGAACCAUUGACACUUCUUGAACGUUCGCUCGGAUUUUAUCACGCCGCGUGUGACUUAGGUGGAGCUAAUUGAUUUUACUUGGAUGUGACUCACAUUUAGGACGUAUAUAAGCCGGACACUGUGAAGUUCGUGUCCCUUAUUCAGGACAGCGCUUCUGAUCAACAUGUCCACCAACAGAAAAGACCAGCUGCUUGCAGCACUGAUUGUUACCUGCCUGGUGGCAUUCUUAGCAGAAAUUAUGGCUGACGAAACCACAACUGAGGUCUCCUCUAACACAUCAUGGGUCAGUGAGAACAACACUCAAAACGCGUACGUCAUAUCAAGCGUACAGUUUGAAAUCGGAAUUAUGGAAAAUGAGACCGAAGGCAGCGGUGGAAGUUUCACGACAUCUGCUCCGGUCGAGACGGACAAGCUGACAGAAACCAAAGUUGCAUUCUUACUGCCUCCAGCCGCCCUUUUCAACAGCACGCAACCCACCUCAGCACCGUAAUUCAACGAGCCUCCUCUCGUCUGCCCCCAUCACUCAUCAAAACUACAUGUAUCAUUGCAUGAAAGUAGGUUUUUCAGUGUGUGCAUAAUUGUUUAUCAAUUAUUAUAAUAAAAAAUUAUUUAAAUAUAUAACAUGAUGGAAAAAAUAAUCACACACUUUAAAAAAAAAUCCACUGAAAAUAUCAAGAAGAAGACAAGAGCAUCUCUGGGAUUCUGCACAAAUAUUUUAAUGACAUGUACUGUGUUAUAAUUUGGGUUAAAAAUAAAAAUCAAUGGAGGUACUACUUAGUAUAUUGCCA